AUGGCAGGAAACGACCCUGUGGACUUUAUGCCUGCCCUGGAAAAUAUGGUUGCGGCUAUGCAAGCGACAGCUGAAGUAAUGAGAAAUCAGAUGAACUAUGGGAAUGGUAAUAACGGUGAAGAGGGGCCGAUGACACUUGCCACUUUGCUGAAGAAAAGAAAAAAGUAUAAGGCCGGGAGAGCACAGCAACCAGGGCGAGUGUUCGGUACAUCUGCUGCAGGUGCCGAGGGAUUCGAGACAUUGAUUAGAGAUAAUUAUGAAGUGGCUGAUAAAAUUUUAAAUGCCUUAUUUGAUUCUGGAGUAACAUAUUCAUUCAUUGCAUUCGAGAAGGCUAGCGAGUUAGGAUUGAAGAUAGUUGUGUUGACUUAUGAUCUGAAAGUACAUAAUGCUACUUUUGAAGCUAUUGUGACUAGAUUAGGCUAUCCACAAGUUUCGUUUCGAGUUAAACAGCGAGAUUUUAUUCAUGAUCUAAUUUGUUUACCGAUAACUGGUCUUGAUCUCAUCUUGGGAUUGGAUUGGUUAUCUAAGAAUCGCAUUCUACUUGACUUUUUUGAAAGGUUGUUGCAUUUUAUGACGGAAGGCUCGGAAGGACCGGUUGUGAUGAAGGGUUAUUAUUUGAACUCUGUUAUUGUAAACUAUAAUGGGUGUGAAUAUCGGGGUGUUAUGUUGUUAGCAGUGAAUGUGUCGGGCGAGGAGUAA